AUGGUCCUAAAAUCACUACUGAACCUCCGAAAGAGGAACAGCUCGGACGACGACACAAAGGAACGAUACAAAUCCCAGCCAUCAACACGACCAGCAAGCUACGAAAGGACACUUCAAGAAGAGGAAGGGAGUCCCAGUGAUGAAGCGAUCAAGCGAGCAACGAGGCUACGGCGAUUCUUCGCCUAUAGCGCAUCCUUUGGGUACCUGGUGUCUUGGGUGUUCCUGAUACUGAUUCUCGUUGGCAACACAUCCGACAAGGCCGUGCUUCGCAAUGUUUACUUCUACAAGCUCGACCUGGCCGACAUCAUUCCAGCAUCGGUACCAAAUGCGCAGUUGAUCAACAGUAUCGCUCAAAGUAUAGGACUGCAUGACUUUUACCAAGUUGGUCUGUGGAACUUUUGCGAGGGAUAUCUAUCUGAGUUAGUCAACCUUUUCCCCUCCCCUCCUAUCCACGGACUUGUCAUGCUAACACAUCACAGAGGAAUCACCUACUGCUCCAAGCCCGAAACGCUCUACUGGUUCAACCCGGUCGAGGUCAUUAUGAGCGAGCUUCUCUCCGGCGCCACCGUCGCGAUCCCCACCGCCAUCAUCACCAUCCUCUCGAUCCUGCGCAUCACCUCGCAGAUCAUGUUCGGCGUCUUCCUGGCCGCCUGCGUGCUCAACUUUGUCCUCAUCUUUGUCUCGCCCAUCCUGCCCGUCAAGUCGCGGUGGUGGUCCCUGCCGCUCUCCAUCUUCUCGUUCGCCUCCAUGAUUCUGGUCCUGGCCGGCUCGAUCAUCGGCACUGUCAUCAGCUUCGCCUUCAAGUACGCGGCCGAAGCGCAGUCGGACCUUAACAUCCACGCCGACGUCGGCACGCACAUGUUCAUCUUCAUGUGGAUCGCCACGGGCUUCACCAUGUGGAGCUUCGCGGUGCACAGCGGCAUGGGAUGCUGCUGUGCGAGCAAGCGGGAUCUGAAGAGCGGGAGGAGGCUGAUCAAGCCCGAUGGGAGAAUCAUCCACGCUGGUUAGAGCUCGGAGUGGAUGAGUUCACCCGCAGGGUCGGUUGUGAAGGGGAAGGGAAUGGAUGGGUGGAGUUUUUUGAUUUUGACUUUUUACUUGCAUGGCGUUGGAGGAAGGUUUGAAAGGUCUGCUUUUUACAUGGACGGCAUCGUUUCUCAACACCGAUUCGUCGAUCGGUUGGGAUACAACAGGUCAGGCCAUGAUGGCAUUUGCAUGCACAGGAGUUCUUGGAUAUCCCUUUAUAAACUUGCCCUUCAAGGGAAGAGGGG